GAGCAGACGAGACCGGAAGUCGCGGCUGUUGAAAGAGACUACACUCCGUGUAGCGAAUACAGGGGUGUUCCUCCCCUCCCCGACCCUGGUUUAGCCUCUGGUUCCUUCCACAAGAGAAUUUGAUUGGGCUGCCUGUCGAAUUACAUUUUUAUGUGCUUGGGGUUCCUGUUUUAUUUCUGCUCCAUCCCGUGCCGACCCGUGCCUGCACUGUGCACAUGUAGUUUCAAAAUGGCUCAGGGGACAUUCAUAUCGAUACCAGAUAACUAUACUGGCUUUCCUUUGGAUAUGUUUUGUAUACCAAAACAUUAUGAAGAAGAUCUGAAACAUGUCAUGCUCCCUAGAGGGAUUUUGCUCGAUAGAACCGAACGACUGGCAAGGAAUAUAUGCAGAGAUCUCUCUCCAGGGUCACUUGUUGGCUUAUGUGUAUUGAAAGGAGGGUAUCAGUUCUUUACAGACCUGAUGUCAUACAUCAGUAAUAUUAGUUCCAAUUCAGAUCUUUCAUUGCCUAUAUCUGUGGAUUUCAUUCGCUUGAAAAGUUAUGAGAAUGACAAAUCUUCUGGAGAGGUUCAGAUUAUUGGCGGUGACAAUUUAUCUUCUUUGAAAGGAAAGAAUGUUCUUGUCGUCGAAGAUAUUGUGGAUACUGGKGCUACCAUGCUGAAACUUUUAAAUACUUUGAAAAAAUUUGAACCAGAAACGAUCCAAGUAGUAAGUUUAUUUGUGAAGAGGACUCCAAAAAGUACAGGUUAUCGUCCGAAUUAUAUUGGAUUUGAAAUACCAGAUGAAUUCAUUGUUGGCUAUGCUUUGGAUUAUAACGAGUACUUCAGGGACUUGAAUCAUGUCUGUGUCAUCAAUGAAAAUGGAAAGAAGAAGUAUUCUGUACRAUGAAGAAUAAAUUUAUCAUCUUUUGUACUAAAA